UUUUCGGUAUCCUUUGUGGUGAAGACGACGUCAUGUAUUACUGGGACUGCGUACAGGGUUUUCAGUGGUAUUUCUGGGAUAACCAGUUUAUAGCCGGAAAUGCUUAUCGACCGAAAUUGACGACACGCUAUAUCGAGGAGAAUACCACGGCGGUUCUGGAGGCGAUGCGACAGCAUGUUCGCAUUAUUUAUGUCAUGGUGCUGCCAAAAUUGCUACGCAAGAUACUGAUUUCCGCAUCCGACAUGAACAUGACAAGUGGCGAUUUUGUGUUCAUAGCAGCCUACCGGCAGCCGAGUUAUAGUACGCCGGAUCCACUUGAUUGGAAAGCGUUGCACAACGACAGCUAUGACAGCGAGGCAGAAGACCGCAAAGCGUUGCAAGGAUUUCAAUGUACGAUUAUAAUUUCCGAUUUGGGAAUUGACUGGGACAACCUGCAGAACUUUACAAACCGAUCGGCGGAAAUGUCGGAAGUUUUGCUGAACAGAACGAUCCCACCGAAAAGUCAAAAAGAUGCUACGUCCGUCUUAUUCUUGGAAGUGAUAUCCGUCUUUCUGCAAGGGCUGCAACGCCUUCGUCCCGUGUUGGAUUACCUGACUCCAUCGGAUGUGAUCACCGAUUUGCUCAAUCAUACCUACAAUCUUCCGUCUAGACAGAUUAAAUUCGUUCCUAAUGGAAAGAAUGCUGUAGCAACUCCUAUUGUUCGCCUGAAUAUCAGCAGUGGAAGAUUUGAGAUAGCGGCCUCGUGUAGCUAUGACAAUUAUUCCCUUUCGGUUAUACAACCCGCCUUGUGGGCGUGGUUUGGUGGACAACCUUAUCCGCCGGACGUACCACGCUGUGGAUUUGAUAAGCACGGUUGUGCAAUUCUGUUCGUGGACGAGGUCAACAACUUCCUACAGCAGUACAUCAAUGUGUACGACGUCAUGCUUCGCUACCCGAACAGCAACACUAGGAUUACGCUGGGUAAGGUGCUGCGGGAAGUGUUUGGAAUUGGGAGAGCGUACAAUCAUGGUCCCGCCAAUGCCCGCCAGCGAUACAGUGGUGUGCAGCUGAACGAUGAGGGCGCCGCGGAAUUCAUUAAUCUCAUGGGUUAUGACAUGUACGCCGAUUAAUGAUUGUUCGCUAAUAAUGGUGACAUUAAUUACGAUGUUGUCCUAAGACGAAAUGUCCGUAAAACCAAAUAUCCCGCGACGAACUGUCGCGUAU